ACGUCAUUUGAGAUGAGUAAUAUAUCGUUAGUGUUAUGGUGUAUUGUGGGCUUGCUCGUUUUCGAAGGAGUUAAUUGUUUAAAUAAGCGAUGUAUAAGAUGUAGAUCGAGAGGCGAACUCGGAUCGUGCGGUGAUCCUUUCCCAACAAAUGUCACAGAGCCAGAAACUCAAAUUGGAAUACACAUAGUAGCUUGUCCAUCAGGAUGGUGUGGAAAGAUGAUUGAGGGUACUACAGGCGCUUUCAGAACUGAUGAUUAUGGUGCUGCGACGCAAAGAAUGUGUCUCCAGAGGUCACCUAGUGAUGAUGAGGAAAGGUGUGCCUACACUAUGUGGAAUCACAGGAAAGUGUACAUGUGCUUCUGUAAUGGAGAUCUAUGUAAUUCAGCUGUUAAAGUAACUUCAGUACACUAUACUUUAUUAAUAAGCUCUCUUGUUUGUGCCUUUUCAUAUUUUUAUACAGGCAUGUAGUUAGUUUUUGAAGAAUAUACAUGAAUCUCAUAUUAUUGAUCUGUCUCAAGAGAUACUCAACAACAACAAAUGUUUCUUGCUUGUUUUUUAAUGAAUAAAUUAUGAUAUACAACAGUUAUAAGGAUGAUUAAGAUCUGAUUUUUCAAUCCUUGGUUAAAUCUUAUCCAUCCAAUAAAGUAUUACACAAUAAUAUACAGAUGUUACCUAAAAACUGUCAAUAAGUGGGCAAGUGACACAUUUUUAAAAUGGUUGUUUAAUACGAUAUUCGAUGAAUAAGUUUUAACUAAGGAUUGAAAAAUUGGCCCUAAUAUAAACAAACUUUUGCAUUAAGUGUAUUGCAGCUCAAAUAAGAAUUGUGAUAUUUUAUACAAUUAUUGUACUUAAUUACUAUUUAAGAUGUUGAUAUUGAUGCAAGUUACAAAUUGAAUAUUAAUGAAUCAUCUUGAUAAUACAAUAUAUUAUUAAAUUCUCAUUAUAUUUUUGAUAAGAUUUAUUGAAUUUGUACUUAAGAUGUGAAAUUUUAAGAUAACAUUCCAAUUUUCAUUUUUCACUAUUCUGUCCUAAAUAUGUGAUCAAAUAAAUUGUAAAUUAAAAAUUUUAUGUACAUAACUUUUUAUGAAAAAUUUCUUAGUAAGUUCUAGAUUUAUAAGUUUUUAUAUCUGUUACCACUGCCCUUUAUACUGUUUAGCUGUAUGUACUGUAUGUAUAAAAUAUAAAAGAUUUAAGUAUCUA